AUGACAAGAUACCAAUUGGGAAACAUUAAAACAUGCUCAACAAACUAUAAUAUGAACAUUAAUUUUAACCAAAGGAAAAACGUUGUUAAAAAAAGUUUUUAUAGAAAAAUAAAAAUGAAAACUUUAAACUCACUAGUUGUAAAUUUAUCUCACCUCAAUUUAUCCAAUGCGGAUAUAUCUGUUCUCAAUAAAGGACUUAAGUACGUCCCAACACCCUCAGCUGUCAACACAUGUCAGCCUGUGAAAAAUGCUUUUGCGAACUUGCGCAAUCGUAUGGCAACAAGCAAAAGGAAAAGUCUAUUAAAAUUAUCAAAAAACCGAAAUAUAGUGAUUAAAAAAGCUGAUAAGGGUGGUCGUGUAGUCAUCAUGAGUAAAGAUGACUACAUUAGAAAAGUUUAUGACCACCUCUCCAACAACAAAUAUUACGCAAAAAUGAAAACUGACCCUAGCAAAGACCUUAAAACUAAUAUCAACAGUUUCAUAGAAAUUUCAUAA